AUGCGCUGGACCAGCUUGCUCCCACUCGCACUCGCUGCCCUCUCGCCAUCCCACGUACUCGCAGCCCGCGAAACCCUCGACGAGGCUGCCGUCCAUGUCCGCGAGCUCAUCUCGUACCGCGCAUUCAACACGGGCGUCCUCAUGAGCGUCUUCCCCGACGACGCCCAGGUGCCUGUCCCGGGCCUCCCCUUCGGCCUCCAGGAGUACUACGCCGAGUACCCAGACUCGAACGGCGACAUCCUCCUGCUCGCCAUGCCCAUCGCCGCCAUCUACCGCAACGCGCUGCCGCCCAACCCGCCCAACCUGACCCUCACCAUCAACGACAUGUACGGCUUCGGCAAGGGCAACCUCGCCGCCGGCCGCAUGCGCGUCGCCCUGUACGGCACCCUCGAACCCGUCGAGGACGAGAACGAGGCCGAGCGGUGCCACCAGGCCUAUCUCGCAGCCCACCCCGACGCUCGCGGCUGGAUCGGCGCCGGCGGCCCGCACUCGAACUUCUUUGCCCGCAUGCGCGUCAACAAGGUCUACGCCUUUAACGGCUUCGGCGACGUUGCCUACAUCGGCUGGGUGCCGCUCGACCUGUACCGCGAGUCGGGCGCAAAGAUGCGCUCGGCCAAGGAGGCGCACCGCGACUGGCCCGUGCCACGGCAGCCCGAGGAGGCCGGCCUCGCAACGCUCUUUGGCGAGCAGCUCGACCAGGAGGAGGGCGAGGCCGAGGGCAAGGCGAAGGCGCGGUUCCGAAUCCAGUGGUGAGGCGAGCCGAUGUCUGUUCUCUAUGCCUCGUCACUCGCGUGUCCUCCCUCUCGUACAGUCUCUCCCUUGUGUCGGACCCCUGCAUCGCUCGUUCCUUUACUCGUU